CAGGAGGCGGGCGGCAGUGCGCUGCCUCCGGAGCUGCGCAAGUGCCGGGCCAUGCUGCUGAGGCUGCUGGAGGCGCAGGAGCUCCCCCUGAACCCGCUGGACCAGCUGAUCGAGCUGCUGGGCGGCGAGGGGGCGGUGGCGGAGAUGACGGGCAGGAAGAUGCUGCAGGUCCGCAACGAGGAAGGGCGCAUCGUGGUCAAGCAACGCCGUGACGACGAGGCCCAGAAGAUGGUCAACAUGGCUGAGAAGAACGACUUCAUGGAGGGUCGCAAGGUGGUGGCCAUCAUCAGCGACGCGGCCUCCACUGGCAUCAGCCUGCAGGCGGACAGGAGGGUCCCCAACCAACGCCGCCGCUUCCACAUCACGCUGGAGCUGCCCUGGAGUGCGGACAAGGCCAUCCAGCAGUUCGGCCGCUCGCACCGCUCCAACCAGGCGUCCGCGCCCGAGUACUGCCUGCUGGUGACGCAGUGCGGGGGGGAGUACAGGUUCGCGGGUGCAGUGGCCAAGAGACUGACCUCCCUGGGAGCGCUGCUGCGGGGGGACCGGCGGGCGCUGGGGGCCUCCUCGGACCUCAAGCCAUUCGAUGUGGACAACAAGUACGGCGAGCAGGCUGUUGGCCGGCUGCUGGAGUGCGUUGCCUCGGGGCACCACACGGUGGCGGGGGCAGCCACGGGGGAGCUGCCGGCGGAGCUGCUGCCGCCGUCGGUUGCCGCCACCCCGGUCGGCAGCAUGCACCGCCAGAGCGCGUUCCUGCAGCACAUGCAGCGCUGCCUCAAGACCAUGGGGCUGCUGCAGGAGGGGAGCGGCUACUUCAUGAUUGACCGCAAGGACAGCAACACCUCUGUGGUCAAGUUCCUGAACCGCCUGCUUGGGCUCACGCUGAGGGACCAGGACCUGCUGUUCAAGUACUUCCUGAGCAUCAUGGACAGCCUCAUUAAGCAGGCUCGCUCCGCGGGUGACUACGAGGAGGGCAUCCUGAACCUGGCCAACAGCCGGGUCAAGGUGGCGCAUGAGGAGGUGGUGCACAGGGACAGGGAAACAGGCGCCGCCACCUCCUGCCUGGAGGUGGAGGUGGACGACGGGCUGCCCUGGGGCGAGGCGGUGGGGGCCAUGGAGGCGGCACUAGCGGACAUGCGGGCGGAACAGGCGCCGCCGCAGUUCAUGGCAAAGGUUGGGUUCUACGUCGCCCGUCGCAACCCCAACGUGGGCGGCACGGGGCACCCGCUGGUGGUGCUGGCCACUGCCCUGAGGUCCACCGUGACGGGAGCCGGGGGGCGGCCGGUGAUGCGGUUCAGGAUACAGCGGCCCAACCAGAUCAAGGGCCACGUGUUCAGCGCUGCCGAGCUGGACGAGAAGUACCGCAAAGUGGACUUGGAGACCGGCCAGCGCCACUGGCAGUUCUGGUACGACUACCUGGACCGGGGCUGUCUGCACGGUAACGACUGUGUACGGCGGCGGCGGGAGGGCAAGUGCAGCUACGGCUCGCGCUUCUACCGGCUGCACUUGGUGGCAGGGGCGGUGCUGCCGGUGCUGCGGCGGCUGUUUGAGACGGUGCAGCGGAGCGGCAAGAAGACGGUUCCGCGGGUGGCGAGGGUGACGAUUCGGGAGGAGGGGGGGCAGAAGAAAGAG